UACCUAAACUGAGAAAUCAGAAUGUGCAGAACAUUAUACACAUUUAACUGAUGAUUGUGUUUUCCUUUCCUUUAGAGAAAACCAACAAUGGACAACUUACAAGCACAACUUUCAGGAAGCUUUUCCUUUGAGCUGAUGGUGUCAUCUAGUAAAAAACAUUGUUCACUGGCAAUUGCUGAAAAUAUGGAAGAUGGUUCAUUAAAGUCUGAUGUUCAAACACCUCCUCAUUAUGCAAUUCCUCCAGUGUACAUGCCACGAGUUCCAUAUGUUGAUGAUGGACAAAUCAAAUUCAAUCCUGAUUUGGCUGUGGGGUCAGGGUCGUUUGGAACGGUGUACUUUGGUUCAUAUCAGGGAACACCAGCAGCAGUAAAGAAGAUUCCUGUUGAUGACAGUAAUGACUUUUUGCAUGAGAUCCUUGUUUGUUUAAGACUUUCUCAUCCAAAUAUUGUUAGAUUCUUGGCUGCUACCAAAAAAGAUCAGUAUAUACUCAUAGCAAAUGAGUAUGUCCAUGGAGCAAGUUUACACGUUGUACUUCACAGUGCAGACAGUCCAGUGAAGGUAUGGAAUGUUCUGUUGUCUUUAACUUGAUAUAACAAGAGUUUUUGACAUUUGAACCUUUUAAAUUAAGUUUUCAAAAAUUAGCAAUGUUUUUACUUGAAAAUAUGCAUUCUAAAAAAGGAUAUUGUUAGUUGUUUUU